AUGAAAGCAACGUCUUGUCUUCAAUGUAGAGAGGCCAAGAGGCGGUGUGUAAAGCGGACCAUCGAUUCGCCAUGCAACACCUGUCAGCGCAAGAAUCUAGCCUGCUCCUCGCACAUCAGCUCACAUUCUACAUCUGCCUCCAAAGAAACCCACGAAUCACUCCCAGAGUUGACCGCUGAGUUGGCUAUCGAGUUUGUGGAGUCUUAUCUGACGCAUCUUGACGGCCUGCCCCAUAGUAUCUUUCACCAAGAAACACUUCGAAGACAAGUUCGUGACAAAGAAAUUGGAGAUGCCUUGCUCUAUUCUAUAUGUGCUCUUGGCUCAAAGUUCUCCUCAAAGUCUGAGCACCGCGCCUUGGAGGAUCCGUUGACGAAGGAGGCAAAGAGGCUGGUGCAAGCAGAUCUUGAGAAUGUGUGCAUUGAAAAUGUGCAGACAUGUAUUCUUUUGUCACUUCUUAGUGCUGGGAACUGCCAUACUUCUUCAGAGACACUGUUCCUUCGAAUUGCAAUUGGUAUGGCUGAGGUUCUUCAGCUUAACUUUUCGGCGGAUGACCCAAGUAUCCACUUUGGUCAUAUUCAAGGCGUGAACCGUGCUAUGGCCAAGGGAGACAUGGUACCGAAGGUCAAAUGUAAUGCCAUCAAACUCAUCGGCCAGAAGCUCGAAUCAUGGAGGACCGACCUGCCAGAGAAUAUGCAGAUGACAAUACAAAAUAUUUACUGCCACCAGCAGAGCGAUCUAGGAGGACAUUUCAUCGCUCUUCAUCUGGUAUUCCACCACCUCUCCGCACUGGUAUACUUCAACUCUCUCGAGACCAAAGAGCCAUCAUACAUGGGACAAGAAGAUCAUGUAGCACUGUGUAAAUCCCACGCUUCGUCUUUCAGCAGUUUAUUACACAUCUCCCGACAGAUGAGUGGAUGUCAGCAGAACUAUCCGACUGUUGGACACAUGACUACCGUAGCGUCUGCUGUUCUUCUACACACGCUUUUGUUAGGCGAGCCGGAGGAUAUCCCAAAAGCGCGACAAGAAUUAAACACGAAUUUCGAAGCGUUGAUUGAACUUCGACAGUACUGGCCAGCAACAGAAGCAAUGACAUGCCUGUUGUCAACGGAAAGUCACAAGUUGGAUGGAUGGAUGGUAAGGUUCUUGCAGGAACAUUCUCUUGGGCUGCUGAAGAGGACAUUGCCCAUCAUACCGCAAACACUGGAUAUUGAGUCAGAAGAUUUCGUAACGAGGACGAAUGAGUUAUUGCAGGAAGGUCGAUACACCGACUUUGACCUGUUCAAUCAACCGCAGAGCUUCUGA